CGGGGACUUCAGCCCCAAGUAUAAUGCAGCACAUUACUCUCAGUAUCAUGAUCAUCGUAUCCAAGACCCGCUAGCUUCCCCUCGUGUCUUUCUUAUGCUAAGUUCGCCCAACACCUUUUUUUAAAACUGGCUCGUACUCUGUGGAAGCCUUACGAGAGACACCCACUGUGCUGCUAAAACAAAAUCUCUUAUAUACCCCCUUGUCUGCCCACCCUCGUCCCACUCUCCCCACUCGACUUUGUUUUAUUAUCUUGUUGUCGUCCUGUGUGCUCUGUAUUUCUCUUUACAUCCUUUUUCUUUGAGACUUCCCCACCGAUAGUCAGUCGCUACAGAAGUUUCGAAUUCAAUUUCACAAUCCUCAAAUAAAACUCCACCAUGCGCGCCUCAGCAGUCCUUCUUUACCUCGCCGCCUCUGGCGCCUCAGCGACCCAUCUUCUUGCUGCCCGAAUCCCCCAGACCCUCGCUCAACGUGAUACCGUCGGCGGAUGGAGCUUGCAGACCGAUACUUGCCCGUCCAACACGCAGCAGUGUACUCAUGGAUGCUGUCCCUCGUCCACGACCUGCCAGGACCCUGGCACGGACCAGGUCUCUAUCUGCUGCCCUAGCUCUUCCGUUUGCCAGGGCCAAUUCCAGGCCUCUCCCAAAUGCGCCGACUCGAGCUGGAACCUGUGGAAGGGAUUGAACGGCAACCCGUUUUGCUGCGAGCCCGGCAAGAUUGGCACGUACCACUACGAGGACGGUGUCGCCGGUAGCUGUGUCGACAAAGACACCAAUGUCCCGUACUCGGCUUCUGCUGUCCAGAUUGGCACCGGUGUAGGCGGCACCACGUCAACCGCUAGCAGCUCUUCAGCUUCCACCUCGGCGCCCGCUUCGACCACAACCUCCAGUUCUUCCGCGUCUGCUACUGCUGCUAGCUCGACAUCUGCCGCUGCGGCCUCGACUGAAUCUUCUUCAGCUUCUUCGACCUCGGGUUCCUCGUCUAGCAAAUCGACCGGUAGCUCCACUCACUCUCACACCAGCUCUGGUACGCCGUCUUCUACUUCUUCGAAAACCUCGGCUACCUCUACCGGCAACAGCACUGGUUCUGCUCCGGAGUCCAAGCCGACCAAUGGUUCCGGCCGUCUUCCCAUGUUCAGCACUGCUGCUCUGAGCGUAAUGAUUGUCGGCGUCGCUGCCGCUUUGCUCUAAGUUUGAGAAUCCUUUCGAGAAGAUAUCUUUUUCAGGUCGAAAAAUUACUGAUAAAUAACCGUUCCAUUUCUUUUCCCCCUUCGCGGACGGUCUAUAAACACGCACUCCUUCUAAAUUUCUCAUAAUAGACGAGCUAAGAUAGAUAAUUUAUGUUUAAUUAUGGGUGUAGAAUUUGCCUUCUGUUUGUAUUCGCGGCAGAUUAGGGAUUCUAUAUAAGUACUACUAGAGAUACGAGAAUUGAAUACAUGGUU